UGCUACUGCUGUACAUGCCACCACUCCAAACGCCUUCUCUCAGCAGCAGAGGGAGGGGCCAUCAUGAAGAUAGACUCGUACACCCACUUCGCCUGCCCGGCGUUCAUGGACCAUCUCGAAGCCGAGAGCGGACACCCGAUGGUAUUCCGGGGCCUGUUCUCGUCCAUCCCAGAGCUGUCGGAUAUUGACCUUCGAAUCAGGUACAUGGACGAACACGGCAUCGACGUCCACUGCCUGGUGCCGCUGCCAUGGCUGGAGUGCGAGCCCGGACUGCACGCCGACGAGGGCAAGGCGCUCGAGGCUUGCAGGAUCGCCAAUGACGAGAUGGCGCGAGUGGUCGCCCGGUUCCCCGACCGGCUGAUCGGCGUCGCUCUCAUCCCCACCACAACGGAACAGGCCAUGAUUCAGGAGACCACUCGUGCGGUGAAGGAGCUCGGCAUGGCGGGUGUGGCUCUGUUCGUGGGGCCGACGGCGAAACCCCCAGACAUGGCCUGCUUCGAGGGGUUGUACCGGACGUGCGAGGAGCUCGGGGCUGUCGUGUGGAUGCACCCGUGCAGACCUCAGUCCUACGCCGACUACGACUCGUACAAGGGGGAGGGCAGCAAGCACCAAAUCUGGAAUACUUUCGGCUGGAUUUACGAUACGUCAGUGGCCAUGGUGCACAUUGCGUUGGCGGGGGUGUUCAGGAGAUAUCCAGGCCUCAAGGUAGUGACCCAUCACCACGGCGCCAUGGUGCCCUUCUUCACGGCACGGUUCGACACACAGCGAAGAAAUUUCCAAGAAGUCGAAGGAGACGACCUCUUAGAAGACCUCCGACUUUUCUACUGCGACACUGCUACCUUUGGUGAAAGUGCGGCGAAUAUCCAACAGGCUAUCGACUUUUUUGGCAAGUCGCAAGUGUUGUUCGGGACCGACACGCCCAUGGACAUGGGAACGAGGGGCAUGUUCACGAGAACAACCAUCGCUUCCGUCGAGGCGCUAGGUGCCGCACCGGAGGACAAGGAGUCUUUUUACGCGGGGAAUGUCUUGGAUAUGCUCGGAGAGCGCUUCGCCGGCAUAUCCGGAGCUAGAGGAGCCGUCGCUGCUCGACCCAAAGGAGAUAGUACUCGCAUAGCUGCAAGCUUGUAG